AUGGACACGGCCGAAGCCAUACAGCGCGAGCAGCUCGACCGCCUGCGCGACUUCUUGGGGCCGGACACCGCGCCUAGUGGGGGGCACACUGCUCGGAGCGACACCAAGAAAGAGAGCCUCAUCAACUUCAGAAACCCUCGUGCCAAGGAGUUCUUUGUGGAUGGCACGAAGAUCCCGGAUGUCAACUUCGAUGCCGGGCCAUCGUGGUCGGGUCUCAUGCCGAUCUCUAACCACCCGAACGAGACCAGGAAGCUUUUCUUCUGGUUCUGGCCGACGAAUGACAUUGCGAACGUGAAAGACUUGCUGUUCUGGACGAAUGGUGGUCCCGGUUGCUCCUCUUUGGAGGGUUUCCUUCAGGAGAACGGCCCCAUUUCUUGGUCUUGGGGCCAGUCUGAGCCCACUCCUAACCCCUGGAGCUGGACUAACUUGACCAACGUGCUUUGGGUCGAACAGCCAGUCGGAACCGGUUUCUCGCAAGGACAGCCUAGCAUUUCCAACGACGACGAGCUGGCAGCGCAAGUCGCCGGUUUUCUGGAGCAGUUCCUGGAAGUCUUCGGUGAACUCAAAGGGAGCAACUUCUGGGUUAGCGGAGAAAGCUACGCUGGCUUCUACGUACCCUACAUCGCGAACUACCUCUACGAGCACCCCAACCGCGACCUCGACCUGCAAGGUAUCUGGAUCGCAGACCCGUCUCUCACAUGGGGCUUGGUGCAGCAAGAGAUUCCCGCACUGCGCUUCGCUCAGGCCAACAAGAACGUGUUCCCGUUCAACUCGACCUUCUGGGCUCAGCUGCAGAACGUCUCCGACUCUUGCGGCUACACUGACUACCUGGACAAAUUCGUAACGUACCCACCCGCUGGUCAGCUGCCGCUACCCGCCGGCGCAACUUUCAACGAGACAACCCGCGCGGUCGGAGUGAAGCCAGAAUGCAGGAUGCACAGCCCCAUCCAACGGGCUGUCGGCGUCAUCAACCCCGUCUUCGACGUCUACCGGGUCACGGACACGUUCCCGAACCUCUGGAGCGUGCUCGGCUUCCCCCGUUCGACGCAGAAGUUCGUGUACUUCAACAGAACUGACGUACAAGACGCGAUCCACGCCCCGCACAUCAACUGGGAGGCGUGCGGUGGUCCCGUGUACAUCAACCCCACUACGGGCGGACCGGGCAACGACCAGAGCGUGGCAUCGACGCUGAGCGUGCUCCCGAACGUGAUCGAGAAGAGCAAGCGCGUCGCGAUCGUGCACGGCUUGGCGGACUUCAUUCUCGUCGCUGAGGGCACGAGGAUCGCCAUCCAAAACAUGACGUGGCAUGGGAAGCAGGGUUUCCAGACUCCCAUCGAGCCCGAGACGUUCAUCGUCGAGAACAUGGGCGUCUUUGGGAACCAGCACAUCGAGCGUGGCUUGGCUUUCGUCGAGUUCUACUACAGCGGCCAUAUGACCCCUCAAUUUGUGCCUUGGGCUGCGUUCCAGACGAUCGCUUAUGUGCUAGGAAAGCGCGACUCGCCGUCGGCGUAG